AUGUCUCCUCGAGUCUGUUCGAUCAAGAAGUUCACCACAAAGCUCGACGCCAAGAUUGAGAAGCUCAAGCUCAAGAUGCGAAGCACCCAGGCAGCCAAGGACAACGAGGAGAAGCUAGUCAUUACCAAGCUUAUCAUCACUCCAAACCUCAAGACCGUCGGUGAGAGCAGCGACGGCGACAAUCAGUCGAUCAGCCCCGCCUCAACCGUUGAACAGCAGAAGAAAGCAAAGCGGGAGGCCAGGAAAGCGAAGUGGGCCGCGAGACGCACCCAAUUCAAGCAAAAGGCAAACAAGACAGCUAAAGCCAUCGCGAAACCUCUUCUCAUCAUUCUCGGGGCUAUUUUCGGUCCGGUUCUGCUAGCCAUCGACCUUGUCAUCUGGUUGAUUGCCUUGGUGGUCAAGCUGGUGCUGAGCAUCUUGGUGCUGCUCUUUGCACCAUUCUACUACUGCUUCACGUGGUAA